GGUUCCUUGAUAUGUAGAGCAUAUUCAAAGCAUCACUAGGUGGUGAACAUGAGAAGACAGGGAGGCAAUUGGGGUUCAAUGGCGUCCCUCGCUGUCACUCUUCUACUGGUGGUGUUGUCUCUCAGCUUGCCGUUCGAGACCACUGCAAACUACUACUACUACCACUCUCCUCCACCACCCAAGAAAUCUCCCCCUCUACCCUCUCCUCCUCGUUACCAUUACAAGUCGCCACCACCACCUCCACCAGUGCAUAAAUAUCCUCCACUAGCACCACCUAAGCCACCACACAAGCCACCCUUACCUCCUCUAGCACCACCUAAGCCACCACACAAGCCACCCUCACCACCACCAACCCCUGUUUACAAGUAUAAAUCACCACCACCACCUCCACCAGUGCAUAAAUAUCCUCCACUAGCACCACCUAAGCCACCACACAAGCCACCCUUACCUCCUCUAGCACCACCUAAGCCACCACACAAGCCACCCUCACCACCACCAACCCCUGUUUACAAGUAUAAAUCACCACCACCACCUCCACCAGUGCAUAAAUAUCCUCCACUAGCACCACCUAAGCCACCACACAAGCCACCCUUACCUCCUCUAGCACCACCUAAGCCACCACACAAGCCACCCUCACCUCCUCUAGCACCACCUAAGCCACCACACAAGCCACCCUUACCUCCUCUAGCACCACCUAAGCCACCACACAAGCCACCCUUACCUCCUCUAGCACCACCUAAGCCACCACACAAGCCACCACACAAGCCACCAACCCCUGUCUACAAGUACAAAUCUCCACCACCUCCACCACCAAAACCGGUCUACAAGUACAUGUCUCCUCCACCUCCACCACCAAAACCGGUCUACAAGUACAAAUCUCCACCACCUCCACCACCAAAACCGGUCUACAAGUACAUGUCUCCUCCACCUCCACCACCAAAACCGGUCUACAAGUACAUGUCUCCUCCACCUCCACCACCAAAACCGGUCUACAAGUACAAAUCUCCACCACCUCCACCACCAAAACCGGUCUACAAGUACAUGUCUCCACCACCUCCACAACCAAAACCGGUCUACAGGUACAAGUCGCCACCACCUCCACCACCAUCACCACCAAAGGCACCUUGCAAGCCUCCCACUCCAGUCUACAAGUACAAGUCGCCACCUCCGCCGCCAACAGUUCACAAGCCACGUCCACCACAUUACCUUUACACUUCACCUCCUCCUCCUCACCACUACUAAGAAAGGCUUAAAGACAAAUUGGAACGAGAGGUUUGUUAGGAUGUUGUGAGCCAAAUAAAAAGGAAGUUUGCUUAUCCUCAUCGUAAGAGAAGGAAAGCGAAUAUCCCCUUUGUGAUUCUUGUUCUUGUGAUGUAUAGUGUAGUAAUAAUAGUCAUGAAAGUGCCAGGUUGGAAAAGGAAGAAAGGGUGAAGAGAAAGAAAGAGAAGAUUUAUGUAUCACAUGCACUUUCAUGUAUAAUGUGCAAUCUAAUGUAAUGGUAAACAUGCUUCAGCU